UAAAGAAAGGCGGACAAACAGGCUCCGGACGGGACAAAGAUGGUUCUGUUCGUUUACAGACUUCGUCCCAGGCGGCCCGCAGCUUUCAGCUUCACCCAGCAGUUCUUCAGCAUCAGAACCGUGCUGAACAGAUCCGGUCCGGUCCAGUUGGGGAAACCCUGCGCCGCCGCAGCGGCUCGGUUUUACAGCUCGCAGCGGAAGGAGCAGACCCAGAAGGUGGUGGUGUUCGGCAUCCCGAACCCUUUCAUGUGGUUCCGGACCAAAAUUUACUAUUUUCUGAUCCGGACCUACUUUGACAAAGAAUUCAACAUCGAGGAGUUCACAGAGGGGGCGAAGCAGGCCUUCUCCCACGUUUCCAGGCUGCUGUCUGAAAGCCGCUUUGAUGGUCUGGAUGGACUCGUCGCGAAGGAUCUGAUUGGAAAGCUGGAGGAGAAAUGCAACUCGCUGCCGUCAAACUGCAGGAGGGCGCUGUGUGCAGAUGCUGCUGAGAUCAUGUACACCACACCGGGAGACGUGGGGAUCUACUACGAUGACAGCGGGAGGAAGUUUGUGAGCAUCCUGAUGCGGUUCUGGUACCUGACAAGCGUGCGGCUUCCUGACGACAGCGUUGAGGGGAGUCGCAUCUUCAAAGUGGCGAUUGGAGACAAAGAGGCAGAAACGGAAACCAAGAGACUGCUGACUGCCAUAUAUGAAUUCCAGAGGGAGUUCACCAAAGGAGUUCCUCCGGACUGGACCAUCACCCGGAUAGAGCACUCCAAGCUUUUGGACUGAAGAGGCGGCUUCGGUUAAAGCGAGCUGGAAGGAAAGACCUCUGAUCCAUCGAUGAUCAGUUCUUUACUCUGGGACUCAGUCGAUAGCGGUGGACUGGUGAAGGAAAAAGUGGGAUUGAGUGAGAUUUUAAAUGUUUCAUCUGCCUUUGAACAGCUGUUUAAAAUCGGCUUUCAGUCACUGACAGAGGAGCAUCCUUCAUCAGGAAGUGUCUCAUCAAUGUAAUGCUCGGUCUUCUCUCCAAAUGUGAUUUAUUUAUGAAAACAGCGAGGAAGACCUGCACACGUGAGGAGGAAGGAGAUGAAGAACAUAAGAUGAGCUUAACGCUAAAAACAUUCAAAUGUGUUUGUUUGUUUCUGAGCUGCUCGUCCACAAGAAUACGUCAUGUGACCUCUGAGCGUGCAGCUGUGCCUCCCUGUACUGGCAGACGUGGACUUUUAAUAAAGAUGACUUUACACUG